CUGCCAGGUAUGAUCUUUGAGCACAGAGCUGGGAGUAGUCCAUGCACUCUGCCAGGUGUAACCCCAAAACAAACCAACUCCCCCCGAAAACCAAAACCCUUCUAACACAAAAAGAAAACGUUUUGAGUAAGUAGACUGGCAAACAGCCACUUCCUGCUUUCUCCAUACCUCAAAGGGUUGAGUCCAGAAACCGCUAAAAGAAAAAGGAAGUAAACAGAGGUUAAAUACUGGGAUCAACUCACCCAGCUCAGCCCAGAGGUCUAACUUCUUGCCAAGAUGAAGGCUCUCCUCAUUCUGGGGCUUGUUCUCCUGUCUGUCACUGUCCAGGGCAAGGUCUUUGAGCGGUGUGAGCUGGCCAGGACUCUGAAAAGACUUGGAAUGGAUGGCUACCGGGGAGUCAGCCUGGCAAAUUGGAUGUGUUUGGCCAGAUGGGAAAGUGGUUACAACACCCGAGCCACAAACUUCAACCCUGGAAGCAGGAGCACUGACUAUGGGAUAUUUCAGAUCAACAGUCGCUAUUGGUGUAACGAUGGCAAGACCCCUGGGGCCAAGAACGCCUGUGGCAUCUCCUGCAGCGAUUUGCUGAAAGACGACAUCACUCAAGCUGUACAAUGUGCAAAGAGAGUCGUCAGGGACCCACAAGGCAUUCGAGCCUGGGUGGCAUGGAGAAACCGCUGUCAGAACAAAAAUCUGUCUGAGUAUGUGCGGGGUUGUCGCGUCUAGCUCUGGAAUGUUCUAGCUUCAGCUCAUUUUGUCUUUUUUUAUAUCUUGAGAGGGUAGUCAUUCAGUGAAAGAUCACACUGCCAGUUUUUUCUAACACAUAGUGGUUUUAUAAAAGCAGGAGCAAAAUGUGAGUUUUCAUCUAGGAGGUGAAUGUUUACAAAUGUGUUUAUUGUUUUAUAUUAAACUUACCAAAUUUUCCAUUUGCUAGUGGAACAAAUGCUCAUGAAUUUUCCCCAUACCUUGGCUGUCUAAUACAUCUCCAGUGUGCAUUGAGUUCUUCAUGAAAUAACACAAACAAAACAAAACAAAUGUUAAAGGAGCCACAAUGUCAAAUGGCUAAAAAUGGAGACAACCUUAAUUAAUUAAGAAUUUUGUUUUCAUGAAGUGUGAGCUGUGAUUAAAACUGUUUCUUUAAAAAUAUCUAAGGUGUUGCCUUAGAAAUAAGCGAGUCAGGCCAAAUCUCUUCUGCCUCCAGGUAUUUCAUGAGCAUUUUCUAUAGCUGCUGUGCAGGAAAAUUUGUUUUGAGGAAAUCAUUAGGGCUUCAUUAUAAUGGAAGGAUUUUUUUUAAAAGUUGCUUUUGUGCAGUUUUAAAAAUAAAUUCACAAUGGACAUAUAUUGUGGGCCUUUAAAAGCUCUUAUGCAUCGUGCUGAUCAUGAAGAAAUAUAAAGAAGGAUUAGAAGAGCUGUUGCUGUUUCAGUUUCAUUCAUUUUAACUCAAGCAAUAGGAAUAACUGUAGAAGCAAAUGAAUUUGCAAGCAUUUACUCUGAAAUUAUAGUGUAUUAACAUCAGGUGUGAAAUUAUGCAUGUUGUAAACAAUACAAUUAUCAUUAAAGGCUUUCUG